GCGGGGCGGGCGCCAUAGCCGGAGCACCGCGUCCCGCCCUCGGCGCUUCAUCCGGCCGGCCCGGCGCGAUGUCGGGGUUCAGCCCGGAGCUGAUCGAUUAUCUGGAAGGGAAGAUCUCCUUCGAGGAGUUCGAGCGGCGGCGGGAGGAGCGCAAGAGCCGCGAGAAGGACAGUGAGAAUGCAUCUGCUGAGGAGAACACCGACGACAUAGAUGCUCCCUCUUCAUCCAGAAAGGCAGCUGGGAAGUCCCAAAGUCAGGAUGAAACAGAUGGAGAAACUGCAGAUGGUGUCAGUAAAUCUGUUCAUCGGGUCUUUGCAUCCAUGAUUGGGGAAAAUGAAGAUGAGGAAGAGGAUGAAGAGGAAGAGGAAGAAGAAGAGGAAGAAACUACUGAGCAACCCACAGCUGGAGAUGUUUUUGUGUUGGAGAUGGUACUUAACCGAGAGACUAAGAAAAUGAUGAAAGAGAAAAGGCCUCGCAGCAAGCUUCCUCGUGCAUUGAGGGGUCUGAUGGGAGAAGCCAAUAUCAGGUUUGCUCGAGGAGAACGGGAGGAAGCUAUUCUGAUGUGCAUGGAAAUCAUUCGACAAGCUCCUCUUGCUCACGAGCCUUUCUCCACUCUUGCCAUGAUCUAUGAAGACCAGGGUGAUAUGGAGAAGUCAUUACAGUUUGAACUGAUUGCUGCUCACUUGAAUCCUAGCAAUACAGAGGAAUGGGUCAGGCUGGCAGAGAUGUCACUGGAGCAGGACAAUAUUAAACAGGCUAUUUUUUGCUAUGCAAAAGCUUUGAAGUACGACCCAACCAAUGUGCGUUAUCUAUGGGAGAGAUCAAGCCUGUAUGAGCAGCUGGGGGAACAUAAGUUGGCUAUGGACGGCUACAGGCGUAUUUUGAAUCUUCUGUCUCCCUCUGAUGGAGAGCGGUUUAUGCAGUUGGCUAGAGACAUGGCAAAGAGUUAUUAUGAAGCCAAUGAUGCUGCCUCUGCUAUUGAGAUCAUAGAAGAAGCCUUUACUAAACAUCAGAGCCUCGUCUCCAUGGAAGAUGUUAAUAUAGCAGCUGAACUGUAUAUUUCCUGCAAGCAGUAUGACAAAGCAUUGGCGGUUAUUACUGAUUAUGCAGGAAUUGUUCUUGAGAGGAAAGCAUCAGAAAAAAGUCCUGCUGAGGAGAAAAAAGAUGAUACAGCAGCAGUGGUAGAAACUGAGGAAAGCCAGGAGGCAGUGACUGACAACCAAGGUGAUCCGGCUGUUGAAUCGAGUGCUGCAGCUGUGGAGAAGGUUAGCUGCUGUAUACCUGAAGGGGUUCCCAUAGACAUCACAGUCAAGCUGAUGGUGUGCUUGGUACACUUGAACAUCCUAGAGCCUCUCAACCCUCUGUUGACCACUCUGGUGGAACAAAAUCCAGAAGAAAUGGGUGACUUGUAUUUGGAUGUUGCAGAGGCAUUUCUGGAUGUUGGAGAAUACAACUCAGCCCUGCCUCUCUUGAGUGCCCUCGUCUGUUCUGAACGAUACAACUUGGCUGUCGUCUGGCUUCGGCAUGCAGAGUGCUUGAAGGCUUUGGGACACAUGGAGCGUGCCGCAGAGAGCUAUGCUAAGGUUGUUGAUCUUGCUCCAUUGCAUCUGGAUGCAAGAAUCUCACUUUCAACACUACAGCAGCAACUGGGCCGGCCUGAGAAAGCUCUGGAGGCUCUGGAACAAAUGUAUGAUCCAGAUACACUGGCUCAGGAUGCCAAUGCUGCCCAGCAGGAAUUAAAGUUACUCCUCCAUCGUUCUACUCUGCUGUAUUCCCAAGGCAAAACGUAUGGUUACGUAGACACUUUACUGACUAUGCUGGCAAUGCUAUUGAAGGUAGCAAUGAGCAGAGCUCAGGUGUGUUUGAUAUCUAGCUCCAAGUCUGGAGAGAGGCACCUCUACCUUAUUAAGGUGCCAAGGAAUAAAAUUUCCGACAAUGAUGACCAGGAGGCAGCAAACUGUGAUGCGAAAGCGAUUUUUGCUGUUCUCACGAGUGUUUUGACAAAGGAUGACUGGUGGAACCUUCUCCUGAAGGCUAUAUAUUCCCUGUGUGACCUCUCCCGGUACAAGGAGGCUGAGCUACUAGUAGAUUCCUCAUUGGAAUAUUACUCAUUUUACGAUGACAGACAGAAGCGCAAGGAGCUGGAAUACUUUGGGCUUUCCGCUGCAAUCCUGGACAAGAACUUCAGAAAAGCCUACAACUAUAUCAGAAUAAUGGUAAUGGAAAAUGUCAAUAAACCUCAGCUGUGGAACAUCUUCAAUCAAGUUACUAUGCAGUCUCAGGAUGUCCGUCACCAUCGCUUUUGUCUCCGCUUAAUGCUGAAAAAUCCGGAUAAUCAUGCACUGUGUGUCCUAAAUGGGCACAAUGCGUUUGUAUCUGGCAGCUUCAAGCAUGCUCUUGGACAGUACGUGCAAGCCUUUCGUGCAAACCCAGAUGAACCUCUCUACAGUCUUUGUAUUGGCUUAACCUUCAUCCACAUGGCUUCUCAGAAAUAUGUGUUGAAAAGGCACGCUCUUCUGGUUCAGGGAUUCUCCUUCCUUCACCGCUAUUUGGACCUACGUGGACCGUGUCAAGAAACUUUCUACAACCUUGGCCGUGGCCUUCACCAGCUGGGGCUACUGCAUCUGGCAAUCCACUAUUACCAAAAAGUACUUGAGCUUCCUCCUCUCACCUUGGAGGGAAUAGAAACCGAUCAGACAGACUUGAGGAGAGAUACUGCCUUUAACUUGUCACUUAUUUAUCACAGCAGUGGAAAUACCAGAAUGGCUCAAAAGAUGUUAUACACUUACGCAGUUGUGUGAUGAAGUUUGUGGCAGGUAGAAAUGAUGGCCUUUGUAUUAACUCUUGCAUCAUGCAGUGCUGGGAAACUGAUUUUGUGCACGUCUUUUUCUGUAUGUGGUCAAAGACGUGGCUUGUGCUGUGUAUAGUUUGUAUGCUGUAUAAAGACUUUUUCUACUUCUGACGUUUGAACUACGUCACGUAUAGAUGGAAACAGUUUGCUCUGAGCACAAGGCUGACAAACUGAUGAACUGCUUGAUCUUUUGUGUAGAAUAGAACAGUGAAAACUGAAGCCCAGUAUUUUCUUUAGAAAAGUUUUCCGUGUGCAAUACUAGAAAUACUUACAAGCAAGGUUGUACUGUAAUAAAGAAGAAAGAAAUGGGCUUGUACUAAUUUCUACAGGAUGGAAAACUCGGUACUUCCGAGAUCAUUUAAGUGUUCAGUGUUGCUAGGAGUUCAUAUUCCUUGCAGCUGUUCUGCUACAAGGUUGAUUUCUGUUCCGUUGAAAUCCAUGUUACUUUUGUCCUUCUGAACUUUUUAAUAAAAAUUCUAAAGUUAA